GGUUGGGUCAUGUGACGGGGGUGGAGUGUGGCCGUUGCGGAAGGGCCCGGGGCUGCGCUCUCUCUUUAUCGGCUGUGGGGGAGCCGGAACUCUGGCUGUCGCUGCAUGAACGGACGGAGGACGAUGAAGGGGCGAGCGGUGUGUGCGGGCCGGGCAGUGGCGGCGUUGCUAUGCCUGGCCGUGUGGAGCGGCGCGAGGGCCGCUGACUCCUUCACUUACCCGGAGCUGUGCGGGCAUACCUGGGAAGCAGUCGACACGGAGAAGGGAACAACUUAUAAAAUAAAUCUCUGUAUGCCAUUGCAGUGUGGGCGGUCAAGUGCCAUCUGUGCUUAUGAUCCUUUGCUAAAAAGCAACUAUUCAGUGGGUGACUUUGUGCUCAAGAGUGGGCUUGUGGAUCACUUUGAGUAUAACACCACCCAGAAAUGUUCAGAACAGUCUGUCCAGACUAUCCAAAGCAGCAUCGUUUUCAUGUGUGGUAAGACCUUGGGCACUCCUGAAUACGUGGCAACUUCUGAAUGUGUGCACUACUUUGAAUGGAAGACUUUUGUAAGUUGUAAGAAGAGCACUUUCAACCCUGUAAAAGAGGUUCCUUGUUAUGUGUUUGAUGAAGACGGGAAGAAACGUGAUUUAAAUCCACUAAUAAAGAACUCGGGAGCUCAUCUGGUUGAUUCUCCAGAUGACGAUGACUUUUAUAUCAAUAUUUGCAGAGAUAUAAAUCCUUUGGAUGAGGUCUCUGCAUGUCAACAUGGCAGCAGUGCCUGCUUAUUGAAAGGAUCGACUGCUUUUGAUGUUGGCCACCCAACAGAUGCCUUGAAACUGGCUGGCAAAGAUAGGCUGGUACUUCAUUAUUCCAGAAGCUAUUCUGGAGCUGAGAAGCCACCAGCGUUUUGUGGAGAACAUGAGCCUGCAGUGACCAUCACUCUAAUCUGUCCUUCUGGAAGAAGAGAGGGUACAAGCCCCAAGAUGAUUGCCAGUGUUAACUGUCGUUAUGAAAUUGAAUGGAUGACGGAGUAUGCUUGCCCCACAGAUUACCUAAUAAGCCAUACCUGCCAGCUUAACAGUGACCAGCACGACAUCUCUAUUGACCUGACUCCCCUUACCAAGCCUGGUCUUGGUUCAUACCUUGUUGUCCCUAAGAAGAGGGAUGGGGCCACAGACGAAUACCUCUAUUACCUGAAUGUUUGUGGAGCGAUCGAGGCUGGAGGCUGCAAAGAUGACAAGGGGUUUGUGGCAUCAUGUCAGGUUAAAAAGACAGGUGAUUUCCGAAGGAUUGCUGGGCGUUUCAAAAACCAGACGCUCAGGUAUUCCGAUGGUGAUCUGACAUUGACAUUACCUGAUGGCAAUUCUUGUAGUUCGGGAUUUCGACGAAUGACAAUAAUAAACUUCCACUGUAAUGCAACAGCUGACAAUGAAGGAAAGGGGAAACCAGAAUUUAGCGCUGAAGUUGAUUGCACCUAUAUCUUUGACUGGGGUACAAAGUAUGCAUGUGUGAAGGAUAAAGGCCUUCUCUGUCAGACCUCUGAUGGAAGGAAGUGGUAUGACCUCUCACCCUUGACACGAUAUGCAGCAAAGGAUAUUGCUGAAUCUGCCAACGCACACAAUUGGGAGGUGUUGGACAGCACCCAGGUGGCAUCUGAUCUCAAGCGGUACUACGUUAACGUGUGCCACAGAGUCCUCAAGGAUAAUGCAACCAUGGGAUGUCCUGAUGAUGCAGCUAUUUGUUCGGUGGGUCAAGAUGGAGUAAAGAGUCUUGGGAAAUUUGUUUCAUCUCCGAAAAAAGAAGGCAGUAAUAUUCAACUUGUUUAUUCAGAUGGUGAUUCGUGUAGAGGAAAUGCUCGAAGCAAAACUAUUAUUACUUUUGUAUGUAAUCCCGGCGAUCUGGAAAGUCCACCCAUCCUGAAUUCUGGGCUGGACGAGUGCUUGCACGAGAUUGAAUGGCGCACGGCGGCUGCCUGCACCCUGUCUAAAACCUGGGGCGACCAUUGCAGGGUUUCUGACCCAGAGGCUGGCUUUUUUGACCUUUCGUCCCUGACCAAGAAGAACGGCAGAUAUGAAGUUAAGUCUGAGAAGUACACCUUCUACAUCAAUGUCUGUGGCAACGUCUCCCAACACAAUUGUGAUGCAAAUUCAGGUGCUUGCCAGGUGACGCAGGAUGGAAAAGCAUGGAGCCUAGGAGUAUCCAACUCCAGACUGUUAUAUUACGAUGGGAUCAUUCAUCUGGAGUAUACAAAUGGGACAUCAUACAAUAAUCAAGAACACACACAGCGUUCUGCUCUCAUAAUGUUCCUGUGUGAUCGCGAAGCAGGAAUGGGACAUCCAGAAUUUGAGGAGGAAGAUGAGCACACUUAUAACUUCAAGUGGUACACUGAAUAUGCUUGUUCGGAAGUGCCGGUAGAGUGCAUAGUGACUGAUCCGGAGACAAAGCGGCAGUAUGACUUGUCAAGGUUAUCGAAGUCGGAAAGCGGUGAUAAAAGCAACUGGUUCGCCAUGGACACGUCAACAAGUAACCACAAGAAGUAUUACAUCAACGUUUGCCGGCCACUGAAUCCAGUCGAAGGCUGCGAUCGCCAUGCAGCAGUGUGCCAGAUGAAAUAUGAAACUGACACAACGGGUGCACUUUAUGAAAAAGUAUCCAUCAGCAAUCUGGGAGUGGCCAGAAAUGGCCCCAAGCUAGAAAAAGGUGGACAGAUUAUCUUGGAAUACGUAAAUGGGACAGAGUGUACCAAUUCCAAUGGUUCUCAAACCUCCUACACUACACGUAUUCAUCUGAGUUGUUCAAUAGAACCAUCCACAGGUCCAAGGUUCAUUGACCAGAAGAACUGUGUGGUCACUUUUCUUUGGGAAACUGAAGCAGCUUGUCCUGUCACAGCCACUGAAGACAAGGGAUGCUCAGUUAAAGAUCCCAACACUGGUUUUGUAUUCAACUUCCUGCCUCUGGCUUCGACCACAGGGUACUCGGUGACAGGGAACCAAGUAACAUUUAAGCUCAACAUCUGUGCUGGUUUGGCUGAAUGUGGUAAAAUAGAAAACAAGACAGCCACCGGGUGUGAAAUGCAUGGUCAGACCCCAGCACGCCCUGUCGGAUUGGAAACAGCACUUCAGGUUUCUGAUGGUCUCGCAACUCUUAUGUACAAAGGCAGCAUGUUGGUGGAGUCAGGAUUAUGGGACACAUUUAUUAUUCGUUUUGUCUGUGACACUAAUUCGUAUCCUGGGAAGCUCUCAUUUCUGCGAGAAGAAAUUGGAACCGCUACACGCAUCCAUGACACCUUCUUUGAAUUUUCUACCUCGUUGGCUUGUUUACCAGCUCCAGUAGAUUGUCUGGUCAGUGAUGUAGCCGGUAACGAAUACGAUCUGAGUGAGCUUGCAAAGGACAACGGUCCUUGGAUUGCCAUCGACACAGCUGAAGACGGGAAGAAUCGUACAUUUUAUCUAAAUGUCUGCAAACCUUUGCCUCCAGUUGACGGUUGUCCAGGUGGUGCUAUUGGAUCUUGUGUAAAGUACGCUGAUAAAAGUCAGAACCUGGGCUAUGUUCAGAUGCGCCCACAGGCGGGAACUGACGGCUCCAUCAGUAUUGUUUAUCUGAAUGGUGACGAGUGCAAAGACGGUCGGCGAUAUUCCACACAUAUCCUCUUCCAAUGUGAUGAAGUCUCGGGCUCCCCAGUGUUUGAAGAUGAAGAAGAGUGCGAGUUUCUUUUUGUGUGGCGUACACCUGCUGCAUGUCCGGUUCGUAGGGCCCAAGGUGAAAACUGUCAGGUUAAGGACCCCAAGUAUGGUUACGUACUCGACCUGCACCCACUUGCUAAUGAAGAUUAUAGUGUCAAGGUUGAUGAGUACACAUACCACUUCCGUGUUUGUGACCAAUUGAGAGACUUCCGGUGUGGGAACGAUACAGGACUCCAGGCAAAUGCUGUUUCGGCAUGUCAGGAGAAAGGAAACUCUCACAAGAUUGCUGGGCGGUUUACUCAGCGCCUAACCUACGACGAUGGAUUGAUAAUGAUAAACUACACCAGAGGAGAUAGUUGCCAUAAUGUGUAUGAACGAUCAACGGCCAUCAUGUUUUAUUGUGAUCACAGACAAACUCCAGGCAUUCCGGUGUUUUUGAGGGAAACCCCAGAUUGCACUUACCUCUUUGAAUGGCAUACAUCAUAUGCUUGCCCACCUUUCAGGUCCAUUGACUGUACUGUCAGGGGCAGCGAUGGGAGUUCCUAUGACCUCUCUUCUUUAUCACAGUCCCAAGAGAACUGGGAGAUGGAGCAGCAGGCAGGCAUUGUGCAGACGUACUACAUCAAUGUCUGCAAGUCACUGGUUCCACAGAAUGGCAGAUGGGACUGUCCCCUGCAAGCAGCUGCCUGCCUGAAGGUUGGCAGCAAGUUCACCAGUCUGGGGGAGGUGACUGGUGGGCCGAGGUGGGAGCAGUCCGGUCUGCUUGUCCUACAGUACGACAAUGGGGACCAAUGUCCUGAUGGGAUUCGCAAUAAAACCACAACCAUACGCUUCAAAUGUGAUAAGAAGGCAAUCAACACAAAACCAUAUUUGAUCACUGCCAUUGAAGAUUGCAAGUAUACCUUCCUGUGGUUUACUGCUGCUGCAUGUCCUGUGACCAAGAACGUCCACAAUCAAUGCAUGGUAACUAAUCCCGUUACAGGACACCUAUAUGACCUGAACUCGUUGCGAACCAGACAGGGCCACAUUGUAUAUGACAGUAAAAUCCGAGGCAAAAUAAUUCGCCUGAAUGUUUGCGAUCGUGUGGAGAACGCUGGGUGUACAGGUGAUAAUGUUGGUGUGUGCAUCACGGAAGGCAAGAGCGCAAUCAACGCGGGCAUCUUCAGCAACCAGCUGACGUAUAUCGACCACGUUCUGAGGCUGACAUACAAUGGGGGUGACCCCUGCUCCAGCAACCGUGCACUGCGUCACCGCAGCAUCUUUAGCUUCGUCUGUGGCCGGGGGUCGGAUACCAGUCCCGUCCUGGUGGCUUCGGAUGACGAGACAUGCACUCACUAUUUCUCUUGGCACACACGGCUGGCCUGUGAACACGAGGUGAGAUGUUCGGUGAGGAAUGGCAGUUCAAUCAUUGACUUGAGCCCUCUGUUCCUGAAGAGUGCGUAUUAUACGGCAGAGGAUGAGGACUUGGCUGAUCAAGGUGACUCGCCCGACUUUUAUAUCAGCCUUUGUCAGCCACUGAUUCCUCUGCCAGGGAUUACUUGCCCCCCUGGCUCUGCCGUGUGUAUGGAUCCUGUGGAUGGACCGCCUGUGGCGAUUGGUUAUAUCUCUGCGCCUCCACGGAUUAAUUCGGCGACACAGGAGGUUUUUGUUUCUUUCACCAGCAACACGACUUGCCGAGCAAACAAGAAAAUGACUUACGACUCCCUCAUUAUAUUUCACUGCGUCAGAGACGUGGACCUGGGAAGCCCAAAAAUGAUGCGAAAAUCAGUCUGCAGUUACGUGUUUGAAUGGGCAACUCCACUGGUUUGUCCGGAUUCAGUGGUUACAUCGGGCUGUUCACUAACCGAGCAACAGCUGCAUUACACAUUCAAUCUCUCUCCUUUGACAGGAGGAAGUUAUCAGGUUCAGUCUGGACAUGGGAUGUAUCACCUGGGCGUGUGUGCAGCAGUGAAAGAUGUGCCUGGUAACAAGUGUAAAGACAGCACAGUCUGCUUAGUGUCAGGAAAUGAAAUCGCUUCUUUUGGCAAUCCAAAGGCAAUGACACUAGAGUACGACCACCAGGACCAGUCUCUGAUUCUGCGGUACGGGAGUACAGAGCUGUGCCCUAAAGUCACCAAAAGCGGAAAGCUGUGCACGUUUCCUUUCCUGUUUCUCGGAUCGUCCUACAGUGAGUGCACGAAAGACGGAAGAACGGAUGGGUUUCUGUGGUGUGCCACAACCAACGACUAUAACAGGGAUAAACAAUGGGACUUCUGCAGCAAUGCGACUGCCACUCGGAGAUCCACCAUCAUCUUCCGAUGUGAAGAUGCGGUGGAGGUGGGGAGGCCUGAGGUACUGAGCGAGACCCUCAGUUGCUCAACCACAUUUGAAUGGAAGACGAACGUCAUUUGUCCACCCAAGCGGAUGGAGUGCAAGGUGGUCCACAGUCACAAGACCUACGAUUUACGAAUGCUCUCCUCCCUCACCGGAUCAUGGAAGUUUUCCUCUGGCGAUUAUACGUAUUACAUGAAUCUCUGUCAAGGCAUUCACGAAGGACCCACAGGCUGCCCUCCAUCUGCCAGUGUGUGCAGAAAGAAUAAAAAUGGUGGAACACAGAUAUUGGGACUCGUUCACAGCCAGAAUAUAACAGUUAAAGGCAAGCAACUUUUUGUGAGUUAUUCGAACGGCUACUAUGCAUGCAGUACGGGCAAGCACGCAAAGACUGUUGUACAACUACAGUGUUCAUCAACAGGAGGGGCACCAGAACUGCUCAGAUUUGACGACCAGGAGUGUGAGUUUAUAAUUUCCUGGGAGACUCGUGCAGCCUGUGCAGUUAAACCACAAGAGGUUUACAUGGAGGGGGCCACCAUUAAAAACCCCGCCACUGGGAAGGAAGUUAAUUUGUCAGCUAUUUACUUUAAGUUGUACAAAGCAUCCGGUGACUCCAGGUCAAAUGGUGAUUCAUACAUCUAUGAUAUUCAGCUCUCGGGUAUUGCCAACCCAGAGAAUGACAAGUGUCAAGACUCCAACAUUUGUCAGAUCAAGCAGGGCCAGUCUGCCUUUAGGAGUAUUGGCAUUCCAUCCAAAGCAAAAUACUACCUUGAAGAUGAUGACUUGGACGUGGUCUUUACUUCCAAUUCCUUGUGCGGUCGGGAUCGGUCCAAGAAUGUCUCGUCCACUGUGCUAUUACACUGCAGUCAGACAGCAGGAGAGGGGAAGCCAGACUUCCUACAUGAGACAUCAGACUGCCAGUAUCUCUUUACUUGGUACACCUCCACCAUCUGUGCCCUUGUGCCAGCUGUGAUUCCAAGCGAUUCGAGUGGAGAUGCGAAGGGCUUAUCUGGAAGGAGCAGAGCGGUGGGGGCAAUGCUGAGUGUGCUACUGAUAGUGCUGACCGCCUGCCUCUUCAUCCUGCUCUUCUACAAACAGGAGCGAAGGGAAGCCAUUUUGCAAAAGGUGACAGGGUGUUGCCGGAGGAGAACGGGAGUUGCCUACAAAUACACAAAGAUUAACGGGGAGGAAGAAUGUGAUGAAAAUGAAACGGAGUGGUUGAUGGAGGAAGUCGCCUCAUCUGACGAGAGUUGCCUGAAGCCGGGGAAGGAUUGCCAGGCAAACGGUCUGAACCACGUAGUUACCCGGCCCGUCAACGCUGAUGUCUUCAGCUCCUUCCCCCUGGAUGACCAGGACAGCGAGGACGAGGUGCUGACUGUUCCCCAGGUGCGAGUCAACAGGAGCAGGACACAGGGGCGCGGGGAGAGGCAGUGGCACCAGCAUGGGCCAACCCGCCAAGGCAGUGAUGACGAUCUGCUGGGCCUGCCGAAGGGGAGCAAAGGGAACUCAAACUCAAAGCCUCGGGUGAAGCGGGACAGGGCGGCAAAAGACUUGACAAAUGUGGCGUUUCACGACGACAGCGACGAGGAUUUGCUAGUUUAGCCAUGGUGCCUGUCUGCUGAUGUACCUGAUAGGUCACACACCCCUGGCAGACACGGAUGUGAGGGAGCUGUCCUUCCCUGGUGUUUGAGUGACCCUGUUGAAAUGCAAAUUCCACGGACAGGAACUGCAUAAACAACCCUGACCGUUUACAGACCUGUAAAGAGAAAAAUCUUCAUUUCCCACCAAUUGCCUAAAGGGUAUUUAUAUAUUAAACGAAACAAAAGCUUGUGCACAUGGCCAUUUCAAGGGGUGUCAGUCACUAUAAAGUGCUCUGCAAUGCUUUAACUUUGAUCAACUCUUUUUAAGAUAAAUAAAAAGCAGGGGGAACAGAGUAAAAAGAAUGUAGCUUGGUAUUUUUUGAUUAGCUUCCAUGAAGCACUCCUGAUUUUUUUUGCAUUAGUAUUUAUUGGAAGUUGUGGAAGACUAGCAAGAGUUGCUGGAUGCAAUAUCUUUAAUGUUCCUCUCAAGCAGGAAGCAUGAGGAAUUGGAGGGCCCGGCCUAUAUCUUAACUUGUGGGGUUCUGGUUUGUAUCAGACAACUAUUUUUAGGAGGGGAAGUGGGAUCUGCUCUCCUAUUACAAGAUGACUGUGCUACAUGCAGAUAUGUAAGACGACAGGCCCGUUGCAUGUCCCUCCUCUGCAUAGUCCACAUUAUUAUCGUCCACGUUCAAUGGUAGGUACCAAAGUGCAGCAAUCUGUUUUGGGCAAGUGUUCUCUUUUUGUUGUGUCUAAAUCUGGGUUUGGGUUCAAAGAUUUUUUAUUAAUUUAGCAAUCAAAGCUGUGUGAUUUUUGUUUUCAUAUGACAGGUUUGAUAAUUUUGGUGUAAUUGAAGCGUGCACUCAUUACAAUAAAAUAUGAAAAUAUUCCCAGU